AUGUUUGGCGCGUUCAGGCCCUCUAAUGUGAACUCCGUUGGUCUUCUAUGGAAGACACCAUGGAAAUUGUCAGUCACGCGAAAAGCAAAUGCUAGGGCAAGGCUAAAGAAGGUGGACGCCGUCAUCGAAGCUGUGAGGGCUAGUGGAGUGCAAACUGCAUCGCUGGCUCGCGCUCUGGAGUUACCUAAAGAACACGAAAUGCCUGCCCGGGACAAGUAUACCGUCUUCAGUCCCCACGCAAAAGGAUACCGAAAGGGAAUUCAUAAGGUUCCUAAAUGGACAAGGCUAACGCUUAGAACGAACCCCAAAGGUUUCUAA